CGGAAGUACUUUUUUAGUGUUGCAGACGAGACGCAGCUCGCAUAAAUUAGUAUUUGGAGAUCAUUUGAAAAUAUUUCAUAUUUAUUUUGACUUUGGAUACGAACCUUAGUUCAUGGUGGUGCCAAUAAAAUGCUUAAGUGUCAUGGUUUACAUAACUCCAUUAACAGUCGUCAAUCUGGUACUUUUCGUUAAUGGAAAGCACUCUUACCUAGUUUAGUGGAGUUAACGUCGUUAGUUAUCUGGAAAGUUACUUGUCCAGUUAGCUAGAGAUAGAUAGCUAACGUUAGCUAAAUGCGUCUGUAUGCUAACGUUAGCUGGAUUUGAUAGCUAGCUAAAAGACAGUAAGUAGCUAGUUAGCUGGGUAUGUCGUGUAUAUUUUGACCAUGGCGUUAGCCAGUAACUAAGGGCUAGCCUAGCUAGAAGGAAUUAUCGGAUACUAACGCUAGCUAGCAGGGACUUUUGUAGUUUUACUAGCUAGCUAAAUUGCUUUUCCCUGUGGGUUUAAUCUCUCCCUGCCGGGAGAAUGGAGGGUACCGAUGACGACGUGCCCCUCAUCCUGACCUGGGAUGAUGCGAACAGCGGUCUGUUGAGCGAGGAGACAGAGAGGCAAGACGAGAGUAAGUUUUUGUUGACAUCCCCAUUUUACUGCGUACUAGGUGGCUAGCUAGGGUAGCUGACCCAGCUAACUAGAUAACAAGAGUGACUGCAGCCAAUGACAGUGAAAUUGCAUUUAGUACAGCAUCUUCAUAAUGGCUAUCAUACUUUUUAGGUUUUGUCUUUGAUCGGUUUGUAAUUUUUGUGGAGUCUCAUCAUAAUGAUGAUCAUUAGCUAACUUGCUAACGUUAGGCCCUCUAAUUCUAUUAUGUUCUUUCUAAUGUUCAGCAUAGAUCAGAUUAGGCCUGCGGAAAAAAAUAUGAGCUAUCAGAGCGUUAUUGUUUUGGUGACCUGUCCUGUUUGGGGUUUGUUGGUUGUUUAUUGACAUUGAUAACUCAAUUAUCAUGAUGACUCAAUAAGUGUUUACACAUGUCCUGAACUUUCUGAAUUUUAAGGACUUUUCAUUACUUCACUAUUCUUUGUUUACUGGUCGAGUAGGUUAUGAUUAAUAGGUUAUGAGUGAAUGAGGGACUAUGAAAAUCUGUUUUUAAGUUACUCAAACUAGAAUGAUCAGCUUUAGGAAUUAAUGUUAAGAUUUUCUGCAUUUCUCUAAACCGUGCAAAAAAACAGGCUAUAUAAUCUGUUCAAGAGAUGUAUCAAUUGAUCACGUGAUACCUUUUCUUACGUUGACAUGGUUGAUGAAAAAGUGGUAAUACACCAAACAACUUCCGCAAAGAACCACUGCCAAAUGAAUCUAAUGGGGGGGGGGGGGGGAAUGAAUGACUGAACAAAGGAGUACAGAAACAAAUGCAUAUUCUACUUUAACAGCCACUGUAGUUGAAGAUAAAAGAGGCUGUAACCCUUCCAUAGAGACUCACCAGAGAGGCAGCUGAGGUUAGGAUUUGGCUGAGGGAGGUUUUGUUGUUAGCGGGUACGGUAGUUGGGGAGGUUCUGCUGAUUGUCGUCAGAGCAGAUAAAUGCAGCGCUGGCUCACUGCUCUUUCGCUUUAAAUUAAAAGAGAGAGGUUUCCCCAUAACCCAGAGAUCACGUGUGUGUUUGUGUGUGUAGUGUGUCUCCACUUCAGUAAUCCUGUAGCCUUUGUACCUCUCACACACACACACUGCAAACUACCUCUCACAUACAUGCUGGAAACUGCAGCCUCAGCAGAGAUGCAGAAACCUCUGUGUGAGUGGCCCCCCUGCACCGCGCUGCCCCCCACCCGAAGCACACGCAGGGCAGUGUGUGUCUUUCUAAGGCCCCCCGGCCCUCUCUGGUUCUGUGGGUCAGAGUGUGUGUGUGUGAGUUCUCGGUUUCCCCUCCUUUGGAAGUGGACAGGAAAAGGACGGGUGUUUUUCCAGGAUAUCUGGAGUGGGCAGAGCGGUGACUUCCCUGAGACCUGGGAGAAGAAGUGGAGGAGAAGAUUAUUCCACAGGCGGUGGAGAGCAGGACACAGCAAAGGAAGGCCUGCUCUAAAACACACAGCCUGGAGCAGACCUUCACUCAGGCUCUGGCUCACGACAGGACAUGAUUCAGCUGCUUCUUGUGAUUUAGCCUAGUUGGAGGAGCCACCGUGGAGGAAAGAGGAUUUCUGUAGUAUUUUCCUGUUAGCCCGGAGGACUGACCAGGACUGUCCUGUGUGUGUUUGUAUGGGCCUGGGGAGACACAGGCAGGCACGGGGCCUGACCUCAGUGCGUUGUUGACAGGAGUUCCAACAUUUUAUUGUUCUGAAAAACAAACGAGUGGCUGGGACUUUACCCACAGACACAGUGCUGUCAGGACAACAGCAUAUACUAGGUCACUUCAGAGGCCUGAGAGAACAGGAGCCUCAUCAGGAUUAUCACUAAACUGGAGUUUGAUCUCUACACAGCAGCAGACUGACCUCAGAACACGCUACUGUCACAGCACCAGCAGAGGCCUCCAUGUGCAGGAUCCGGCUGACUGCCUGAUGGACAGCUGGCUGGCAUAAUCUCAGUGAGCCCUGCCUACUUGACACUCAGAUCCAGUGAUCACAGAUGUCCGUCUGUAAUUCCUAAGGAGAGGACGGAGACACAUCUACUACGCAUCUACUAAGAUUUUAUUUUUACUGCUUGAUUUUAUGAGGAACUUUUGAUAAUCUGUUUAUAGAUUUGUCUUUUUUUUAAGGGUCAGUGGUUAACUGGAUGUAUAUUAUCUUUAGCAAGUAUGAUUUAUAGUUGGAUUAAAACAUGAGUUGGGUUGAUUUAAGGAUUAUAUCUAUCAUGGUGUCAGACUGAAGUCAUAUUGUAAGUACUUAGGGGAAGUUGAAGACCGUAGCUUAGUUUCUCCUCAGCCUGCUAAGGCUCCAUACAGCCAGACCAGCCAUCACACUGAUCUAACCAGGACCUUCUUCAUUCUCAGUCUGGUGUCUCUCACCAUCAGGAGGUGACCUCACUUCCUGUCUAUAACUUGAAGGACAUUCCUCAAGCUAACGUUGGUGAAGAGCGGCGUUGUGGGUGGUAAAAAGGAGCCGUGUGCACAGAGAGCAGCGCUGAGGUCAAAGGCGAAACUGCACUGAGUAGAGGGAGGAAGCCCAGAGAGGAAGGGAGAGAGGAAGAGGGAAAGAGAUAAGCUGUACCUCCAGAGAGUGUGACUGCAGUCUGGACUCCCCUGUCUCCCAGGCUGAGGCCAGGGUGAGAGGCUGUGGGAUCCUACCCUAGCCCUUUGACUGGAGAGACACACUCUGGAUGGUUCAUCUGUUCACCAGCUGUCAUCGGACGCUCCAGCAACAUCUUGUUUUUAUUGAAUGGUUUGUUGCUGGGACACAGGAAAAACCUGUCUCUAAGAACACAGGGAGAAACACCAGCUCUGCAUGUGUCUGGCCCUGUGUGUUUUGUGAAGACUUCAGGAUCAGUUUCUAAACUGUGGAGGACCUCUCUGUCUGGGGAUCCCUGUGGGGAUUCUUUUUUUACAUUGUCUCUCUGGCGGGCAUCCAUGUGCAGUGGCAUGUUAGCCCCUGUGUGUCCUUGGAGGCGUGCGAACGCUGGACCUGUGGACUGUGAAUGACACACACACAUACACACACACACCCACUGCUUUAGGGGACCACGUCCAAACACACACACCCAAACACACACUCACAGUCCUGGACCUCUGGAGGCCAGCAGAGCCAUGGAGUGUUUGGCCGUGCAGGUGGAGACUGCUGGUAUCCAUGACAACAUUGUAGAGUUGACCCUGGAGGAGAGUCCAGCCCUCAUCUCCUCAUUCUGCAGCGAGCUAGAGCUAGACUGCAUGGGUAUGUGUGUGUGUGUGUGUGUGUGUGUGUGUGUGUGUACAUGUUUCACUAUACUUGUGAGUACCAGAAGCCCUCACAACAAUACUAAACCAACUAAAAUUCAGUGAAGUGAGGACAUUUUGCCAGUCCCCACUUGUAAAAGGCUAUUUUAGGUUAGGGUUAGGGAAAAUAGGAUUUUGAAUGGGAAUCAAUUCUUAGUCCCAAAAAAGUCUGUGGGGGGGGAUAUGUCGUGAAAAUGCAGGACAGUGAAGGAAACCACUAAAUCACUCUGUCAGGUUUUGGAGGCUCUUUACACAUUUUUAUUAAUAAUGUUUUUUUUCUUCUACUGUGUAGAUGGAGGAGGGGGGUAUGACAUAGUGAAUAACCAGGUGAUACCAACACCGGGGCCACCACCGAACUACAGAUCACACAAUGCCUCACUUCGACAAAGCUGGGAGAUGAACUACCAGGAAGCAGCCAUCUAUCUACAGGUACCCCCCCCCCUCCACACAAACACACACACAGUACUUACUUGGUAUUUACUUUAAAUUUAGAUAGUAAUGAUUAGCUACAUUAUAAUGUUACGGGGUAGUUAUACACUCACCGGACAGUUUAUUAGGUACACACAUCUAGUAUCGGGUCGGAACCCCCUUUGCCUCCAGAACAGCCUGAAUUCUUCGGGGCAUUCUGCAAGGUUUCAGAAACGUUCCACAGGGAUGUUGUACAUGUUGACGCGAUGGCAUCACGCAGUUGCAGCAGAUUGGACGGCGGUAAAUUCAUGCUGCGAACAGCCCGUUCCAUCUCAUCCCAAAGAUCUGUUGGGUUGAUGUCUGGGGACUGCGCAAGCCACUCAAGUAAACUGAACUUGCUGUCAUGUUCCAGGCAAUCUUUUUCCACUCCUCAAUUGUCCAGUGUUGGUGACUGGCGCCGCUUCUUCUUGUUUUUAGCUCAUAGCCAUUCUCCUUCGAUCUCUCUCAUCAAGGAGCUGACUGGAUGCCGCUGACUGGAUGUUUUUUGUUUGUCGCACCAUUUGCGGUAAACUCUAGAUACUGUCAUGUGUGAAAAGCCCAGGAGGCGGCCGUUUCUGAGGUACUAGAUUCGGCCUGCCUGGCACCACGCUCAUAGUCGCUUAGGUCACUCGUUUUGCCCAUUCUAACGUUGAAACGAACAGUAACGGGAUGCCUGUCUGCCUGCUUUAUAUAGGAAGCCACGUGACUCACUGUCUGUAGCAGCGAUCCAUUUUGUACCUAAUAAACUGGCCAGUGAGUGUAAGUUGUUCAUAACCUCUAACUACCUGGUGACUUUCUUAUAGCUGACUGUAAGAAAUCCUAGCUAUGGAGGGUCAGCAUCAUGUGACAGGUAGAUCAUGUGAGUUUGAGUGCUAAACCCUUAAGGGCCUAGGCUAAACAUACUUUUUUUUGGUAGCUACAGGUAAAGCUCAUGUGAAUGGUAGAGAGCUGUAGAACAAAUGUAUCAUAUUUUCACACUUGUGUUAUCAAACAAAAUUCAGCUGUAAAUUUGUGUGUGUGUGUGUGGUCAAUAGGAAGGAGAGAACAAUGAUAAGUUCUUUACACACCCUCGGAACCCCAAGGCGCUGGCAGCUUACCUGUUUGCUCACAACCACCUGUUCUACAUGAUGGAGCUGCUAACAGGAGUCCUACUGAUGGUCCUGUCACUCUGUGAGGCUCCUGCUGUACCAUCACUACGCCUGGAUGUUUACGUACGUACACACAUACUACCACUGACACACACUGACACAGGUCUACAUCACUCUGGAGCUGCUGGGUUAGAGGUUAAAGGUUGUGUUCUGUCUCUGUAGGUCCACGCCACUCUGGAGUUACUGGCUCUGGUUAUGGUGGCGUUUGAACUCUGUAUGAAGCUGCGCUGGCUCGGCUUCCACACAUUCAUCAGACACAAGAGGACCAUGGUGAAGGUAAAUACCUACCUGCAUAGAAGUGAAACUCCAGUCCCAAAAAUUGGAGCAUCCCAAACGUAUCAUAUAGAUUGCAAAUAAGAAUGGUCCCAGAACAGUGUCCUGAGGGACCCCGUGCCCUUUUUUUACUCACGAGUGACAAACUCUUGCCUAUCAGUUGGUUUUAAAAACAGUUAUAGUUUCACCAUUUCAUAUGUCUGACACCUGGUCUGUCCUGUGUGUAGACUUGUGUGUUGCUGCUCCAGUUUGUGGAGGCCAUAGUGGUUCUGAUCCGGCAGACGUCGCACCUGCGUGUGACCAGAGCUCUCAGACCCAUAUUCCUGGUGGACUGCAGAUACUGUGGUGCCGUGCGCAGGUAUACACACAUUUUUUGAACUAAGUCACUGAGAAAUGUUGUUUGCAAAGCAUGAAUAACUGUUGUGUGUUGUCAUCCUCUUGUCCAAUCAGAAACCUGCGUCAAAUCUUCCAGUCCCUUCCCCCUUUUAUAGACAUCCUGCUGCUGCUGCUCUUCUUCAUGGUCAUCUUUGCCAUCCUGGGUGAGACACACACACACACACACCAUUUUGGCUGUUCGUCAAGGUUGAUAACGACAUUGAUCCUAGAUGAUAAUCCUUGAUGAGUCUCCAAAAACAGUGGACAAUUGAACAGUGGAAAUUAUGAUUAUAUAGACAACCUCAAAAUGAAUAAAAUCCCUUAUGUUCUAUUGUGCCUGUCUGAGUAUGGAUCUGUUCUCUCUCUCUACAGGCUUCUGUCUGUUCUCCCCUAAUACUUCUGAUCCGGUGAGUGAGAAUGACAUUUGCAGUAUGUUGUGCCUCUGUAGAAGCCUGCUAGUCUUGUGCUAACUGGAGUGGUCUAUCUUAUACUGGUCUCAUACCGUUUUGUCUGGUGUUCUCUCUCCUCAGUACUUCAACACUCUGGAGAACAGCAUCGUUAGUCUUUUUGUGCUUGUGACCACCGCAAAGUAAGACUUGCUCCGAUACCACACACACACCAGCUCCUGUCUAAUAGUCUGAUGUUUCAUACUCUGUGACUGUUUUGAUUGUAAUACUCUCUAAAGACAGCAUUGUGCCUGAUGAGAUUGAAUUACUCUCUAAAGACAGUAUAUUGCCUGAUGCAGUGUUUCUGCUGCAUUCAUUUAGCUGUGGCAAAAAAAUUAUAAUAAUAAAAAAAAAAGUGCAAACUUCUUGCAAUUCUACACAUUCCGCCAUGGGGCAUAGAGAAAAAUUGCUAAUUUCCUAGAAUUCUACACAUUUUGUCAUGGGGCAGAGACAUUUUUUCAGUUUUAUAGCUAAUCUCAUGCUAUUCUACACAUUUUACCAUGAGGCUGAGAGAACAUUUUGCAGUUUAAAAGCUAAUUUCCUAUCAUUCUAAACAUUUUGCCAUGGCUUAUGACAUGUUCAUAUGCUAUCUGGGGGGGCCCUGAGCUUUCGGGGGCCCCCAACCAAAAAUAAAUUCACCGGAAAGACUGCAGCUCCAGCUGUCAGAAAAGGGAGAGCGUCUGCAAUUGGGUAGGGCAGGUAGCGCACUGUCUAAUUACAUUUUUUAUUCAUUUUGGAGUACAAUGUCCCCCCUCCCCCCCACUGCUAUUAACACUGGCCUGAUGAGAUUGUAUUACCAAAAACAAUACACUAUGAAGAUAUGCAGAAACUGCUUCUCCAAUAGAAAUCCCCAAUCACACUUGUAGGCAAUGUCAUGGUGACAUUAGCUAGCAUAGCUCAUGCGCAGAAACAAGUCAUUGGGUCUAACAGUCGUGUCACGCCAAACUGCGCAUUUGCAGGCCGUUAAAUGAAAGGCAAGCCUUCGAUAUAAAGUUGUUUUUGACAAAAAUUAAAACGUGUCAGUUUGUCACUUUCACGAGGUUGUAGUAAUGACAGGUUCAGCUACUUAAAACAUUGUCUCAAAUCUGUUUUGCCUUUAGAAUGAGAAAAAAUUAACAAGUAAGGACACAUUUUUCACUUCUCCCAUUGACUUGCCAAACCCUGGUCUGGUCUGUCGAGCCUACUUCGCGCCGUGUUCACGGAGGUAUCGCAAUGUUGCGCCUCUGGGUUUGAAAACUCUGGUAUUACUCUCUCAAGACAGAAUGGUGCCUGAUGAGAUUGUAUUAAUCUCUAAGCAUUGUGCCAGUUGGGAUUGUAUUGCUCUCUAAAGACAGUAUAGAACCUAAUGAGACUUCUGGUGUGUCCUGUUUCCUCUAGCUUCCCAGAUGUGAUGAUGCCUGCGUACUCUCGCAACCGCUGGUCCUGUGUCUUCUUCAUCGUCUACCUCUCCAUAGAACUCUACUUCAUCAUGAACCUGGUACACACACAAACACAAUCUGUUGUUUCCUCCCUGUGCACCCUAUGGCCAUGGUGUAAUACUGUGUGUGUUGCAGCUCCUGGCGGUGGUGUUCGAUACGUUUAACGGUGUUGAGAAGAUGAAGUUUAAAUCUCUGCUGCUCCACAAACGCUCCGCUAUCGACCAUGCCUUCCAACUUCUGGUCAGCAGACAGGUACACACACACACGUUUAGCACCCAUCUAAAAUGUCUGUAAGCUGUUGUAACUUAUGUAUAACUGCUGAAUUUCGUGUGUUUGUGUGUUGUCUCCCCAGAGGCCAAUGGGUGUGUCUCUGAAGCAGUUCGAUGGUCUGAUGCGUUUCUACAGACCUCGUAUGUCAUCCAGAGACCGCUUCCUCACAUACAAGGCCCUCAACACUGCAGGAGCACCCAUGCUCAGGUAACACACACACAUACACUCAUACAGACAUCACAAGCAAACACACACACACACUAUAAGUGUUGUUGAUUUAAAGUCUUUGUGAUGUUCUGUUGCAGCCUGGAGGACUUUUAUAAGUUCUAUGAAGUCAUCGGUCUCAAAUGGAAGGUAAGACUAACACACACACACAAUACACAAUGCGCACACACACACACACACACAAUUCUCAUAUUUCUCUGUGUGGAUACCUGUACCUAUAUACACACCUCUCUGUGGUGUGUGUGUGUGUGUGUGUGUGUGUGAUUGUACUCUGUAGGCACGGCGGAGCGGGGAACACUGGUUUGAUGAUCUUCCACACACUACUUUUCUUAUCUUCAAAGGUGAUUCCUACUUUUUCCCUUCCAUCUUCCAUCCAUCCAUCCAUCCACUGCUGUGUUCCUCUCCUCUCAUGUGAGGUGACUCAGACUGACUGACAUCCUUCUGUUUCUGUUUCUACCAGGCAUCAACCUGCUGGUCAAGUCUAAAGCCUUCCAGUAUACCAUGUGUAAGUGGACAUCCAUUACUAUUAUCUGUGUUGUCAUCCUAGGACAAAACUUACUCUAGGACAUGAUUAACUGUAGGACAGCCUGACUCUCCUCUCUCUCCCCUCUAGAUGUGGUGGUGGCCGUUAACGGAGUGUGGAUCUUAGUAGAGACCUACAUGUUGAAUAGUAAGAGUCUUAGUAGAGACAGUACCAUUCAAAAGUUUGGACACACCUACUCAUUCAAGGGUUUUUCUUUAUUUUUACUAUUUUCUACAUCGUAGAAUAAUAGUGAAGACAUCAAAACUAUGAAAUAACACAUAUGGAAUCAUGUAGUAACCAAAAAAGUGUUAACAAAUCAAAAUAUAUUUUAUAUUUGAGAUUCUUAAAAUAGCCACCCUUUGCCUUGAUGACAGCUUUGCACACUCUUGGCAUUCUCACAACCAGCUUCACCUGGAAUGCUUUUCCAACAGUCUUGAAGGAGUUCCCACAUAUGCUGAGCACUUGUUGGCUGCUUUUCCUUCACUCUGCCGUCCGACUCAUGCCAAACCAUCUCAAUUGGGUUGAGUUCGGGGGAUUGUGGAUGCAGCACUCCAUUACUCUCCUUCUUGGUAAAAUAGCCCUUACACAGCCUGGAGGUGUGUUAGGUCAUUGUCCUGUUGAAAAACAAAUGAUAGUCCCACUAAGCCCAAACCAGAUGGUUUGGCAUAUCGCUGCAGAAUGCUGUGGUAGCCAUGCUGGUUAAGUGUGCCUUGAAUUUGAAAUAUAUCACAGACAGUGUCACCAGCAAAGCACCCCCACACCAUAACACCACCUCCUCCAUGCUUUACGGUGGGAAAUACACAUGCAUAGAUCAUCCGUUCACCCAGACCGCGUCUCACAAAGCCACAGCGGUUGGAACCAAAAAUCUCCAAUUUGGACUCCAGACCAAAGGACAAAUUUCCACCGGUCUAAUGUCCAUUGCUCUUGUUUCUUCACCCAAGCAGGUCUCUUCUUCUUAUUGGUGUCCUUUAGUAGUGGUUUCUUUGCAGCAAUUCGACCAUGAAGGCCUGAUUCACACAGUCCCCUCUGAACAGUUGAUGUUGAGAUGUGUCUGUGACUUGAACUCUGUGAAGCAUUUAUUUGGGCUGCAAUUUCUGAGGCUGGUAACUCUAAUGAACUUAUCCUCUGCAGCAGAAGUAACUAUGGGUCUUCCAUUCCUGUGGCGGUCCUCAUGAGAGCCAGUUUCAUCAUAGUGCUUGAUGGUUUUUGCGACUGCACUUGAAGAAACGUUCAAAGUUCUUGAAAUUUUCCAUAUUGACUGACCUUCAUGUCUUAAAGUAAUUAUGGAAUGUUGUUUCUCUUUGCUUAUUUGAGCUUUUCUUGCCAUAAUAUGGACUUGGUCUUUUACCAAAUAAGGCUAUCUUCUGUAUACCCCCCCUACCUUGUCACAACACAACUGAUUGGCUCAAAUGCAUUAAGAAGGAAAUAAAUUCCACAAAUUAACUUUUAAGAAGGCACACCUGUUAAUUGAAAUGCAUUCCAGGUGACUACCUCAUGAAGCUGGUUGAGAGAAUGCCAAGAGUGUGCAAAGCUGUCAUCAAGGCAAAGAGUAGCUAUUUGAAGAAUCUCAAAUAUACUUUUUUUGGUUACAUGAUUCCAUAUGUGUUAUUUCAUAGUUCUGAUGUCUUCACUGUUAUACUACAAUGUAGAAAAUAGUAAAAAUAAAGACAAACCCUUGAAUGAGUAGGUGUGUCCAAACUUUUCACAGGUAGUGAACAUGUUGAAUAGUUUCCACAUUUUGUUAAGUUACAGCCUUAUUCUAAAAUGGAUCAGUCUACACACAAUACCCCAUAAUGACAAAGACCCUUUACUCAGUACUUUGUUGAUUACAGCCUUGAGUCUUCUUGGGUAUGACGCUAUAAACUUGGCACACCUGUAUUUGGGGAGUUUCUCCCAUUCUUCUCUGCAGAUCCUCUCAAGCUCUGUCUGGUUGAAUGGGGAGCGUUGCUGCACAGCUAUUUUCAAGUCUCUCCAGAGAUGUUCGAUCGGGUUCAAGUCCGGGCUCUGGCUGGCCCGCUCAAGGAUAUUCAGAGACUUGUCCCAAAGCCACUCCUGCGUUGUCUUGGCUGUGUGCUUAGGGUCGAUGUCCUGUUGGAAGGUGAACCUUCGCCCCAGUCUGAGGUCCUGAGAGCUCUGGAGCAGGUUUUCAUCAAGGAUCUCUCUGUACUUUGCUCCGUUCAUCUUUGCCUCGAUCCUGACUAGUCUCCCAGUCCCUGCCGCUGAAAAACAUCCCCAUAGCAUGAUGCUGCCACCACCAUGCUUCACCGUAGGGAUGGUGCCAGGUUUCCUCCAGACAUGACGCUUGGCAUUCAGGCCAAAGAGUUCAAUCUUGGUUUCAUCAGACCAAAGAAUCUUGUUUAUCAUGGUCUGAGAGUCUUUAGGUGCCUUUUGGCAAACUCCAAGCGGGCUGUCAUGUGCCUUUUACUGAGGAGUGGCUUCCGUCUGGCAACUCUACCAUAAAGGCCUGAUUGGUUGAGUGCUGCAGAGAUUGUUGUCCUUCUGGAAGGUUCUCCCAUCUCCACAGAGGAACUCUAGAGCUCUGUCAGAGUGACCAUCGGGUUCUUGGUCACCUCCCUGACCAAGGCCCUUCACCUCCGAUUGCUCAGUUUGGCCAGGCGGCCAGCUCUAGGAAGAGUCUUGGUGGUUCCAAACUUCAUUCAUUUAAGAAUGAUGGAGGCCACUGUGUUCUUGGCGACCUGCAAUGCUGCAGAAAUGUUUUGGUACCCUUCCCCAGAUCUGUGCCUCGACACAAUCCUGUCUCGGAGCUCUACGGACAAUUCCUUCGACCUCAUGGCUUGGUUUUUGCUCUGACAUGCACUGUCAACUGUGGGACCUUAUAUAGACAGGUGUGUGCCUUUCCAAAUCAUGUCUAAUCAGUAGAAUUUACCACAGGUGGACUCCAGUCAAGUUGUAGAAACAUCUCAAGGAUUAUCAAUGGAAACAGGAUGCACCUGAGCUCAAUUUCGAGUCUCAUAGCAAAGGGUCUGAAUACUUAUGUAAAUAAGGUAUUUCUGUUUUUAGGGUUUAAUACAUUUGCAAACAUUUCUAAAAACCUUGGUUCGCUUUGUCAUCAUGGGGUAUUGUGUGUAGAUUGCUGAUUUGUAUUUAUUUAAUCCAUUUUAGAAUAAGUCAGUAACGUAACAAAAUGUGGAAAAAGUCAAGGGGUCUGAAUACUUUCCGAAGGCACUGUACAUGUUGAGUAGUAAAUGUCUUAAUAGAGACCUACAUGUUGAAUAGUAACUAAAUCUAUUCCCAAACUAUAAAGUACUUUUAAUGCAGAUUCUCUAUUUAGCAUGCUUUUUAGUUCAGGACUAGGCUUAAUCUGUAAGGUUGUUUCUGAUCUCUGUCCUGGCCCCUCACCCUGCAGGUGGAUUUUCCUGGUCCAGAAUAGUUCCCUGGAGCUACAUCGUCUUCCUCACCAGUAAGAACACACACAAACACACACACACACACACAGAGCCACAUCCUCUUCGUCCCUUGUGAGAACACACACAUUUGUACUCCCCCCUCUCUCUUUCUCAAUCUCUAGUCUAUGGGGUGGAGGUGUUGUUGAAGGUAACAGGCUUGGGGCCGUUGGCCUACUUCAGCUCCGGCUGGAACCUGUGAGUACUGACCAUUAAACCCUAACACCUUACCCUCAACCAUUAGCAUGUCCACUGUGUUUAUCCAGUAGCCAUCAAUGUCUGUGUUUGCCUCACCAGGUUUGACUUCACUGUGACAGUGUUUGCCUUUCUGGGCUUGAUUGCUCUGGCCUUUGACAUGGAGCCCUUCUACUUCAUUGUGGUGCUGAGACCGCUGCAGCUACUCAGGUGGGUUACCAUAACAAUACACAUCUAUGUUUUUGGGGGGCAAUUAGUUUGUGUGGGUAUUUUGUUAGGUACAUGCAUAUGUGUGUUAUGUAGAUUUAUAAAUAUUGUUUUGAUCACCAUGUAAGUGUGUGCGCUCCGUUUGUAAGUGUGUGUGUUUUCUCUCUCAGGUUGUUUAAGAUAAAGCAGAGGUAUCGCAAUGUGUUGGACACUAUGUUUGAACUCUUCCCAAGGAUGGCAAGGUAAGGCCUUUGCUUCCUGACCUCUGAACCAUAACCCACUAUAUUUACAUACAAUGCAUGAAUUAACCCUUUAAUAAGAACCUUAAUGUGUGUGUUCUCAGUCUGGGGCUGACACUGAUCAUUUUCUACUACUCCUUUGCCAUCGUGGGGAUGGAGUUCUUCGCUGACGUAGUUUACCCUAACUGCUGCAAGUGAGUCAUACAUACACUCAUCAUACACACAGUUCACUCACACACUCCACACACUAACCUGUAAAUCCACCCUGACACGUUGUUCGAAGCAGAGCCUACCACAGACUACGAAUUCUAGAAAGGAUAUUGGCGCUCCAGUAAUAUGACUACAAGACGGCUAUCUUGGUCAGGGUGGUUCACAUGGGUUUCAGUUAUUUGUUAUUUAUCUCUCUACUCUCUCUCUCUCUCUCUCUCUCUCUCUCUCUCUCUCUCUCUCUCUCUCUCUCUCUCUGUCUCUCUCUGUCUCUCUCUCUCUCUCUCUCUCUCUCUCUCUCGCUCUCGCUCUCACAGUACCAGUACAGUAGCAGAUUCAUACAGGCAGAUCAAUGUAACCAUAGGCAACAGGACGGUUCUGGACGAGGGCUACUACUAUCUCAACAACUUCAACAACAUCCUCAGCAGCUUUGGUAAACACACACAGAAGUCAAUACUAGGCAGUUCCCUGUUGUUAUAUAUACUGAACAAAAAUAUAAACACAACAUGCAACAAUUUCAAAGAUUUUACUGAGUUACAGUUCAUAUAAGGAAACCCGUCAAUUGAAAUAAAUUAAUUAUUGGCAGCCAGGCCCAGCCAAUCAGAAAGAGCUUUUCCCCACAAAAGGGCUUUAUUACAGAGAAAUACUCCCCAGAACCCCCCCCCCCAGACGAUCCCACAGGUGAAGAAGCCGGGCUGGCGUGGUUACAUGUGGUCUGCGGUUGUGAGGCCGGUUGGACGUACUACCAAUUUCUCUGGCAACAGCUCUGGUGGACAUUUCUGCAGUCAGCAUGCCAAUUGCACGCUCCCUCAAAACUUGAGACAUCUGUGGCAUUGUGUUGUGUGACAAAACUGCACAUUUUAAAGUGGCCUUUUGUCCCCAGCACAAGGUGCACCUGUGUAAUGAUCAUGCUGUUUAAUCAGCUUCUUGAUAUGCCAUACCUGUCAGGUGGAUGGAUUAUCUUGGCAAAGGAGAAAUGCUCAAUAACAGGGAUGUAAACAAAUUUGUGCACAAAAUCUGAGCUAAAUAAGCUUUUUAUGCAUAUGGUAAAUGUCUGGGACUUUUUAUUUCAGCUCAUGAAACACUUUACUUCAUGUUGCGUUUUAUAUUUUUAUUUAGUGUAAUAAAGUGCUAGGGAUUGAUUUGGAAUUCAGCAUCUCUCCCUCUCCUUCUCUCUCUGCAGUGACUCUGUUUGAGCUGACUGUGGUAAACAACUGGUACAUCACCAUGGUAAUGCUCUGUUCGCCCUCUCACUGAAUGCUGCCGGUCACCUAUCUGAUUAAACCUCUGCUGCUACCUGACUGUCAAGCUUUUCCAGCGUUGUGAUUGAUUGCUGAGGUUGAUUGACAGCUGCUGUCCCCUACCCCACAGGAAGGUGUGACCUCCAUGACCACUCACUGGAGCCGCCUCUACUUCAUGACCUUCUACAUCGUCACCAUGGUAAGAAGGGUGUGUCUGUGUGUGCACAUAUGCUUGUUUGUGUGUGUGCGCAUGUGUGUGUAAUCAUUUCUGUCUGUCCUCUAUAGGUGGUGAUGACCAUCAUCGUUGCCUUCAUCCUGGAUGCGUUUGUGUUCCGUAUGAACUACAGCCGGAAGAACAAAGAACCACUGUUAGACCCUGAGGGUAAGUGUGCGAGUGAACAGUCAUAGUAAGAUGAGAACGGUAUAGUGCUUGAAAUGUGUGUGUAAAGAUGGUGUGUUUGUGUGUUGUAGAUGAGAACGGUAUAGUGUUUGAGGCAGAGGCGAGUCGUGACGAGGCGUUGGCUACUCUGGAGCUUUAUAAGCAGACGUGCCCUGGACUCUCCUCACUUAACUCUCUACAGGGAGUACUGCUGGCCAUGGACCGCAGCGGGGUGAGAACACAGAGCUACACUCUCACAAAUACACGCACACAAACCCCGUCCUACACUCUUACAAAUAUAGACUGACGUGUGUGUGUGUAGAGCUCGUCUCUGGUGUAUCUGGGUCGGAGGUCGCGGACCAAGAGUGACCUCAGCAUGAAGAUGUACGAGGAGGAGAUCCAGGUUAGUCACACUGCCAUGACAACCAGAACCCUGCUGACUGCUCCAUAUUAGAUGUCUCUUUAAAAGACACUUUAGCUUACUUGAUCUAGCUUGCCUCACUGUCUAACCAAUUGGAUUAUACAAAUUAGUAUAUUUUUGACGUCAGCUGUGACAAAAAAAUUGAAAAUAGGAUGAUUAAUGUGUUAUUUGUGUGUGUGUGUAGGAGUGGUAUGCUGAGUACUCCAGAGUGAAUGUACCCCAGUCAGACAGAAGCCUAGUGGAUAGAGAGCUGGACAUCCCUCCUCCCUGCCCUGACCCUGAACAUGAAUCCUAACCCCAGCUCAACUCACAAGGACUAUUUAGCACCAACUAACCCUCACUCACUGUUUCUCUCCUUCAAACACACACUCCCAUACGCACUCACACACCUCUUUGACUUCAGUCAUCAUGCCAAAGAGCACUCUGUGAACUAAAUGUUUUCCACAAUGACAAUAGAGACCCCCUCAACACUCCAUCUCUCCCUCCCUCUCCACCCAUCCUGAGGGAUUGUACUCUGGCACCCUGGUGGACAGUAGGGACGUGGACAGAUGUGAUGUCACUGGACUACAGCCUGGAUCCCAGCAGUGAUUUGUGAUAUGAAUCAUGUUCUCUCUCUGACUGGAUCUCAGUGUUCAGACAGGUUUAAGAGCUUUAUCUAACCCCAACCCUUACAGGACCUUAGUCUGCUGAUGCAUGGAUAGGAGAAGCAGAGCAUCGAUGGAUGGGUUAGAGGUCAGGGUUUUUAAGGGUCAGGGUUAGGCCUUCUAGCUGUGAGACAGAGAGCUGAUAUUCAGGACCGCCACCUGAGGACGACGAGACACUAGGAUGGACUUGGGAUUUCACAGUACUCUUUUUUACUGCUCGGAGAGGACACAUCUGGACACGGAAAUGACACACACCUGUAGAUUAACCAUAGAGAUAAAUAGAGGACUCUAGUGCCCAAAAGCCUGUUUUAGCCUGGGCAGCACCAUUGAGG